AGGCAGUGGGCUCCGAGUCAACUGGUAUGACCGCGGGCACUGGGUCAGACAUUGGAUCGUCUGACUGGACAGCGGGCAUCGGGUCACCAGGCAUCAAGUCAUUUGGCUCGACAGUGAGCACCGCGUCAUCUGGCAAGGCAGUGGGCUCCGAGUCAACUGGCAUGACCGCGGGCACUGGGGCAGACAUUGAAUCGUCUGGCUGGACAGCGGGCAUCGGGUCACCAGGCAUCAGGUCAUUUGGCUCGACAGCGGGCACCGCGUCAUCUGGCAAGGCAGUGGGCUCCGAGUCAACAGGCACGACAGUGGGCACCGGGUCAUCAGGUACCGGAUUGUCUGGCUCGACAGCGGGCAUCGGGUCACCAGGCAUUGGAUCGUCUGGCUUGCCAGCGGGCACCGCGUCAUCUGGCAAGGCAGUGGGCACCGGGUCACCAGGCAUUGGAUCGUCUGGCUCGACCAGUUCAUCACGCUGGAGGCUUCAGGCUGAAGAGAGGCAUCAGGCUGCGUACAGGCAUCAGGCCGAGUAGAGGCAUCAGGCUGCUGUAAGGCAUCAGGCUGAGUACAGGCAUCAGGCUGAGUACAGGCAU